UGUGCUGUCCUAGGAAGCUUCUGUGGAAAUAGCCUCUCCCUCAGACACAGUCGGUAGGUCAAGGUAGCUACUAUUUUUGAGCCCCGAUGACGACCUCCACUCGCAGUACGGUGUUGUCUCUGUACAUGCGGGUGUUUCGCAUCGCCCGAAGCUGGCAGGCACAGAGCGGAGUCGCAAGUGACACAGAGGCGGAGAGAAAAUACAUCCUUCAGGAGGCCUGCACUCUGUUCAGACAGAACCAGCAGCUCACAGAUCAAGAAUCGAUAAAGAAGUGUAUCGAAGAAUGUGAAGCAAGAAUAGAAAUCGGUCUGCAUUACAGGAACCCAUUUCCCAGGGCUACGUACCUACCACCAAUGGGACUGGCAACUCAGAAAGGCAGGAAGCUGCGAGCACAGCAGCGCCUGAGGAAGCAGGCCAAGCCAAUAUACUUGCAGUCACAUGACGAGACCUGAUGCUCGAUGUCCUUACUCCUUGCCAAAGAGUUCAAGUUACUGUGGGCAGGAAACUAGGGUGCAGUCACAAGCUGAUCUCAUGGGCUGAGUAGUUGCAAGCACUCAAUGAUGCCCGUCAUCCAGGAAAAAGCCAUUUUUUCUUCGUCAUUAUUUUACAGUAAACGGUUCAAUACCAUGUAGUUCACAGUUUUUUCACAAUUAUUAUCUUACAUGUAUACUGUAUUUAGAAACAAACCUGUGAUUUUACUUCACCUGGAUCGUAAACAUGAGUUCUUACCGUGGCUGAAGAGUGUCCGCUUCUGUCGAGCUCAGAGAGGCUGUCAGCAUGGAGCGACCUGUAAUAUAAGAUCAAGUAUAUGUAUAGUUUAUUUAUUUUUCUGUGUAAAAAUUGUUGUAAUAAAUGCUUCACAAACUUUCAUAAGUCAAAAAAGUAAAGCUGUCGUAAAGUCUUUUUUUCUAAUAGUAGUUGUGAAUUGAGAUGAAUAAUACUCAGCAGUGACCAUCUUCUCUUUUUCCAGCACGCGCCUUCU